GCGUUACCCCACACACCAUGACUGAUUCAGACCCCUACUCCCAAGCUCUCCAGUACCUUGAGGAACACCAUAUAGUGCCCCUGUUUCACAAUCUAACUGCUAACAUUGUCUACCAUCAACCUACUGAUCCUGUCCAGUAUAUCAUCGAUGAGAUCGAGAAAUUGGUCGACAACGGAGGAAUCUUCAAGGGAGACGAAGGAGAAAUCCAUCCAAUUCCAAAAGAAGAAAAAAAGGAAGAGAAAAAAGAUAAGAAGGAAAAAAAGUGAUUAACUAAUUCGGGGUUAUUAUUUAACAGGGGACUUCCAGAACUUUCUACAUUUUAUGGGGAGUGAACCAGAAAUUCAGAACUUUGUACAUUUGUAAAUAUUGUAAGAUAUAUAAUAUACUGGCUGUCAUACUUUUUAGAAUUCACAUUCUUUGUCGAUUAUGAUGCAAA